AGUUCAGUUCCAACGCUCCGAGUGAAGUGAACACAAAACGGCGACACAGCAGCAACACCAAACAGUGACAGCAGCAACACCAAAACAGCGACAGCAGCAACAUCAGGCCACGGCAGCAACAUCGAUUCGAUUUCGAUUUCGAAACCGCUCGAAUCAGUUCUAGAAUUGCCUGCGCUUGCGCCAAAAUAAACUCUUAGUUUUUCGUUUCAAAAAUAUAAUCAACAGCUGUCCGUCCUAUACUCUAAAACUGUUUUUUGUCCGGAGUGUGUGUAGUUCUUCUUGUCUUCCGAUCUUCAUACAACGGAAAUCUGUUUUGAAAUACUAACGAAAAAAAGAGUAAAGAUAAAAAUAAACAACACACGUGCGGUUUCUUUGCGGUCUUGACGCGGUUUCCGUUCGCUGGGUGUGUUGUUCUAUGCAAAUCGGCGUAAAUUCAAUUAUUCAGAUAUAGAUUGCUAAUCGGUUUGUGCUGAACAAAUUAUAUAAUUUGCCAUAAACAACUAACAUUUGUUAGUUGUCGCUGCGGUUAUCGUCGAGUGCAAGAGCGGCACACAGCGGCGUCAUGUCCAACACGGAGAAAGGAGGACUGCACAGAGUGCGAAACUUCCUGUCAUGUCGCCAAGUGCUGAGCCUGCUGACCAUGUUCGGCUUCAUGCUGAACUAUGCCCUGCGAGUGAACCUCACCAUCGCCAUUGUGGACAUGGUCAUGCCGAAUGUGACAGUCCCGGGAAAUAACACCUUGUCGGGAAAUGCUACUUUAUCGGGAAAUGCCACUUUAUCGGGAAAUGCCACCUUGUCAGGAAACGCCACUGUAUUGGGCAAUAGUUCCUUCAGCUCGGAUGUGAUCGAGGAGCGAUUCCCGUGGGACACCCACCAGACCAACUUCGUCCAGGGCGUCUUCUUCUGGGGCUACAUCCUCACCGAGCUGCCAGGUGGUCGUCUGGCGGAGCUGAUUGGAGGCCGCCGCGUCUUCGGGCAUUCCAUGCUGUGGGCCAGUCUGCUCACCCUGAUCACGCCGCUGGCGGCGCACAUGAACUACGUGGUGCUCAUCGUUGUGCGAGUGGUGCUCGGCUUCAUGCUGGGCGCCUCCUGGCCAGCCAUUCACCCCGUGGCCGCUGUCUGGAUUCCACCAAUGGAGCGCUCCAAGUUCAUGUCCAAUAUGAUGGCUUCCUCUCUUGGUGCGGCAAUUACCAUGCCCAUCUGCGGCUACCUGAUCUCCGUCGCUGGCUGGGCCAGUGUCUUCUAUCUGACGGGAGCCGUGGGUCUGCUGUGGUCCCUGGCCUGGUUCGCCUUCGUCUACGAGACGCCCGCCACCCAUCCCCGCAUUAGCGCCGAGGAGCGGCGGGAGAUCGAGGAGGCCAUCGGCACCUCCACCUCCAAGAAGCGCUCGAGCUACGUGCCCUGGGGCCAGUUGCUCUGCUCCCCGGCCGUCUGGGCCAUCAUCAUCUGCCACGGACUGGCCGUCUUCGGCUUCUUCACGGUGAUCACCCAGCUGCCCACGUUCAUGGCCAAGAUUCUGCACUUCGACAUCAAGCAGAACGGCUUGUUCUCGUCACUGCCUUAUCUGGGCAAAUACUUAAUGGCAUUGGGCUCUUCCUAUUUGGCCGAUCACCUGCGCAAGAAGGGCACUCUGAGUACGACGGCUACAAGGAAACUGUUCAAUACCUUUGCUCUGGUGACUCCGGGUCUGCUGAUGAUCGUGCUAUCGUUCCUGGGCUAUGAUGCCACCUGGUCAGUGACGAUCUUCUCGCUGGCCAUGUUUGCCCAUGGAGCAGUUACCGCUGGUUAUUUGGGCAAUGGCUUGGAUAUUGCACCGAACUUUGGUGGAACCAUCUUCGGAUUGGCCAACACGCUGUCUUCCUUAGGCGGUUACGUUUCCACUUGGAUGGUGGGGGUCCUCACCUACAGUGAUGAAUCCUUCCAUUCGUGGCAAAUUGUGUUCUGGAUUCUGGCAGCCACCUAUAUCUCGGCAGCCGUGGUGUUCAAUAUCUUAGGAACGGGAGAACUGCAGCCUUGGAACAAUCCCCCAGAGCGCGUCAAGAUCAGCGAUGUCACCCAGGAGGAGGGUGUGCCGCUCAAGAACGGCAAGUGAAUCCGCUUCGCUAGUGAGCCUCAGUCGGUGCUUCUACUGUUCCUGAUCAGAGGAAGGAAAUGAAAGCCGAGUUGCAGAUAUCGAGCAUCCCACCACUUCAUCCGCACAAGUUAUAGUAGUUGCUACUGCACCUUUGAGAUUUAGGAGGAUUUCAUUUGCCAAACGAUUGGUCAGGAAUUGGUUACGAGGAAACACCAGACACUCAGCACGGAGAAAAACAUGAAAUGAAAGACAUUAUUUUUAUAGAUACUGCAAGGUUUCUUCGCACAAAAAACAUACACAAACAUCUCAUACCCAUACAAAAAACCACACAACAAACACUGUACACCGAUGCACCGGUCUGCUUAAUGGAAAUUGACUAUAUUUAUAAGUAAUAUUUACUUUAGAUCCUAUGCCUACAACUGUAACUGUAUGCAUAUAUAUAUCUAAUUAUAUAUGUAGCCUAGAUGAUUUAUAGUAUUCUGUAUGUCCACAGAGCGCACAGCUGGCUGAUGGAAGGACCUUAUCCUGAUCAGCUGCUGUGCCCUAUAUGUUUCGUUUAAUUUAUAACGUAGCCCUAACUAUUGUCUAGCUUAGAUGAACAAAAUACUUAUGCAAGUAGCGAAAUAUAUACAGAUAUGCCGAUAGUGUAGAUAAGUUGAUUAAAACGUGUAACUUUGUACUAUACUUUAUUAUUUAUGUAAUUAAUUUAAACAUUUUCUAAGUUCAUAAUAAAGCGUAACUCAGAAAGAAAAAA